UGUAGAUGAAAUGCCGGGACAUCGCUCGGCGAUCUUUCUGCAAGGAAUCCAGCCACCGCGAUGAAUCGAUCUAUGCGUCGCUGCUUCGCCAGUGCUGCCUGUCCAGGGAUCUCGCCAAUGGCAAGCGCAUCCACUCGGAGCUCCGGCGGCUGGGCUCGGAUCGCCACACCCUGCUGGGCACAUUACUCGUGCAGAUGUACGGAAGAUGCGGCUGCGUGGCCGACGCCGUCAUCUGCUUCGAUUCUAUCCGGAAUCCGACCGCAUUCUCUCACAAUGUCAUGGUCGCAGCAUAUGCCCAGAAUGGGUAUCUGGAUCUCGCAGCAAGAACUUUCGAUCGGACGCCAAACAAGGACGUCGUCUCGUGGAAUGGGAUGCUCUCUGGCUACGCCCGCUAUGGAAGCUUUCGAGAUGCAAAGCUUUUCUUUGACGAGAUGCCGUACAAGAACACCGUGUCGUAUAACACCUUGAUAUCAGCAUUUGCCCGCCAGGGGAACUUGGCCGAGGCAAGGAAUCUCUUCAAUUCCAUGAAGAUCCGCGACGCAGCGACGUGGAAUGUGCUAAUCGCGGGUUACACACAGCGAUGCCUGUGUACCCACGCGCGAGAGAUCUUUGACCGGGCGCCCGUACGAAACGUGGUGACGUGGAAUACCAUGAUUGGAGGUUAUGCCCAAGCCGGGCAUCUUGAUAACGCCACCGAGCUCUUUGGUUUGAUGCCGCAGUGGAACGAGGUGUGCUGGAACGCCUUGAUCUCGGGGAUGGGUCGCAACCGUCGCCUCCCCGACGCGCUUGAGCUCUUCCAGGCGCUGCCCUUCCGGGACAUGGUAUCCUGGAUCGCGAUGAUCCAGGGCUGUGUCCACAGCGGCGAUCUCCACCGGGCGUGGGAUCUCUUCAAGCGGAUGCCGCUCACGGACGUAGUGAUCUGGACCGCGAUCGUCACCGCCUUCGCCCACAGCGGCUUCUUGCAAGAGGCCCGGGAUCUGUUCGACGCGAUCCCGAUCAAGGACGCGGCAGCGGUGAAUGCGAUGAUCGCGGCCUAUGGCCUCCACGGCGAGAUCGCUCGCGCCAAGGAUCUCUUCGAUAGCGCCGGGGAUCUGCGCGACGUGAUCUCCUGGAACGCGCUCCUCGCGGCGUUCUCCCAGAACGGCCACGCUCGCCAGGCGCUGGGGAUCUUCGCGGGCAUGGAUCUGGAAGGGAUCCACCCCGACGGGAUCAGCUUCGUGAGCGCGCUGGAUGCGUGCACGAUCCUCACGGCGCUGCGCGAGGGAAAACUUCUCCACGAAGAGCUCCUCCUUGCAAGCCAGGGCGAGAUCUUCGUUGAGGCCAGCCUCGCCACCGCGCUCGUGAACUUCUACGCCAAAUGCGGCCGCCUGGACGAAGCGCGAUCGCUCUUCGACGCCAUGGCCUUCUGCGACGCGAUCCUCCUCAACUCGAUGCUGGGCGCCUACGCCCAGAGCGGCCGCGCCGGCGAAGCUGCCGAUCUCUUCCAGCGCGCGAUUCUCUCCGGGAUCCAUCCCGACGCCGUCACAUUCGUCUCGAUGGUCAGCGCUUGCAGCCACGCCGGCCUCCUCGAUCUCGGCCACCGCUACUUCCUCUCGCUGGUCGGAGAUUUCGCGCUCGCUCCACACGCGGCCCACUACACAUGCAUGGUGGAUCUUCUGGCCAGAACGGGCCAUCUGAUGGACGGCGAGGAUCUCCUCGACGCCAUGCCAUUCCAGCCGGAAUAUACCGCGUGGAAGUCCCUCCUCGCGGGCUGCCGUACGCACGGAGACGUGGGCCGUGGCGCCAGGCUCGCCCGACGGGCCACAAAUGCCAACCCGGUGUGCUCCUCUCCGUACGUGCUACUCUCAAGGCUCUACGAUGCCGCUGGUAAGCACGGCGAUGGGAUUUCCGUUAGGAAGGCUAUGGACGCCAGGCGUUUAAGAAAGCCCGCGGGUCUAAGUAGCAUCACGAUCAAAGGUAGAGCUCACGAGUUCGUGGCGGGAGGGAAAAACCACCCCGAAAUCAGCGCGAUCCUGGACGAGCUCCAUAGUCUCAAUGCAAAGAUGAGAGAGGCCGGAUACGUACCCGAUACGAGCAACGUACUCCACGACUUCGACGACGAGGAGAAGGAGCAAUCGCUGAGCUUCCACAGCGAGAAGCUGGCGGUGGUGUUUGGGAUGAUCAGCACUCGCGGGAGGAGCGAUCCUCUCUUCGUGGUGAAGAACUUGCGGAUGUGCACCGACUGCCACACCGCCACGAAGUUCAUGUCCCGGAUCGCCAAGAGGGCGAUCACUGUGAGAGAUGCUCAUCGCUUUCACCACUUUCAAGAUGGAGCGUGCGCUUGUGCCGACUUUUGGUAGGCUUUCUCUCCGAUAUAAUAUUUUUCUCGUUCUCCCAUUCUAGAAGUCUAGAA